CGUAAAAGUUUACCGGUAGAGGAACAAAUGUAUACAGUACUAGCGUGACAGUUAGGUUAUCUUUUAAAUGUUGUUUACUGUUCUACAUUAUACGUCUAAUAAACUGUAAUCAUGUUCGGACUAAUUGUAUCCGGAAGAUUGGUACAAACAGACUUCCAACAAGUGGGCGAAACACAAUAUGUUAUUACUAUUCCCGACGCGGACAAUGUCAAUCAUGUUGUCAUAUUUCUUACUGGCACAGUGCCAUUUCCUGAUGGUUUAGGCGGAGCUGUAUACUUCAGCUGGCCAGAUCCAAAUGCUCCGCCAAAUUGGCAGAAUCUUGGAUUUAUCUCAAAUGCAAAACCAUCGGCAAUCUUCAAAAUUUCAAACCUCAAGAAAAACCACGAAUUUGAAAAUAUCAAUCAAACGAUGUUUGGAGUUGAAAAAAUUUCGCAUGACGCUCAAAUUGGUAUAUCUAUUGAGCCCCUCAGUAUAAUAGAACAACAGAGUGCCGCUGUUGCGGAAGAAACAAGUAAUGCAAUGACUACAUUCAGCCAGAAAAUGCUAGCACACUUUUUCAACUAUGUUUCAAGUUUCUCUGUGACACAGCAGCAAAUGUUACCGAACCCUUCUGAAAAUUUUGUACCUCUUUCUAUUAUGCAAAAUUGGUACACUACGUUCCUACGAAGAUUGGAGCAAAAUCCAAAUUUCUGGAAAGCUUGAUCCAUGUGAAAAUGUUAAAUUUUUCCAACGAAUGCCUCAACUAUCUGCAUUUAUCCUUGUGUAUGAGCAAUCACUACAAAUCUACUUAGUAUGCUUGAAGAAAUUGCUGUGAGAAAAAUUUCUGUAAUAUAUAAAGUCCUAUUUACUAAGUCAACAAGUUUAAUAAUGGUGAUUUAAUUGUCAACUUGAUACGGAUAGAUUGUAAUCUUGAUAUUGUCUCCUCCUCUAAUUGUUAUGCCCAACAGCAGACUUAUUAGAUUACACGCAUACAUAAUUAUAGGGUAAACUUUAUAUUCUGUACUUCUAAAUGGGUUUGGAAAGCAAUCGUGAAAAUAG